AUGCUUCUAGUGUUUCUACUCACUUUGGGCUUCACACAAUGCGAGAUAGAUCGCCGCAUCAUUACCACAUUAAAAUACUCUAAACAUUACGUUAAGCCCUUUGUUGUGAAUGGAAAACCGGCGGUAGUCGGAGAAGUACCCUACCUAGUUUCUAUUAAGGAACCUUUCCGAAGACUAGGCCAUGGACGGGUAGUUUGGAAAAACCUAUGCGGCGGAAGCAUUAUAGACGAACUGCGCGUUCUAACAGCGGCACAUUGCUUCGAAGGCAACCACUUCUAUUACCAGAAACAUCCGGAGAUUCUACGCCUCGUUGCCGGCAACUUACGAACGGAUAUAACCCAUUCUGGACGAACCGAGACCACCAUCAUAAGCCAAUGGCGACGGAUAGACAACGUUAUCAUCCACAGAUCUUUCAACUUCCCAGAUAAUGAUAUAGCGCUAGUCUUCGUUGAUGUCAAAUGGAGUUUCAUACGGAACGUGGAUUAUAUAGUCCCGGCUAGUGUUAACACCGAUUAUCCACAGACUUGUAGAUCAGCUGGUUUCGGUCGAGUUGGGUAUAACUUGCGCGACGCUAUAUCCCCUACACUUCUUGUUGCUCCAAUAUUUAUACUGACUCGGUGGCACUGCGCGAAGUUGUGGGAAAUGGACAUGAAUUCGUUCAUAUGUUCAGACUCUUCAGUAACAGACAUUUCGAGAGGUGAUUCGGGUGGUCCUCUCGCUUGUAAAAGCACUUUGGAUCCCAAAGAGGAGUAUCAGAAGGAAUUGCUGGUGGGGGUAGUCAGCGGAAAGAAUUUCGACAAGACCUCUAUUUAUACACGCGUUUCGGCAUACCGUGAUUGGAUAGAUAGUAACGGUGACAUGCAACCUGGUUCUGGACGGUUCGAGUUCCAGCAGUGGGAUGCACUGUUAUCCCAUAUAGUUAGUACUUAUUGCCUUGUAUACAUACAAAACGUUUGCUAUACAAUUAUUUUCUUUAGAAGUUAUGACGUCCUACCAGAUUAA